AUGAAGCGCCUACUGAGCACCAUUCUGCUUUUCAGUGGCCUGAGUCUAUUUCUGUCGUGGCUAUGGAGUAGCUACUUUGUCCAUCAGACCGGCGAGAGAUCAGAAGAGUUCCCCAAAGUGAUCUACGCGACCUAUUUGAGCGCACCAACCGAAAACAGAUAUCACUUCAUCUCCGAGUUCCAAAAUACUAGCGAUCCAUAUUUUGAUGCCGCCCGCAUCCUCACUUACCAAGUCCUUCACGCCCCGGAAACACGAACCAAGUUGGGCAUUCCAUUCGUGGUAUUCGUUCACGAAAAUGUCGAUCAAGAAAAGAGAGAUCGUCUCCGAUCGGACGGCGCACAAGUCGUCGAAUGGCCAGAUUUGCGAGUGGACUGGGUUCGACCAAAAGAUUCCCGAUGGGCUGAUGCCUUGACCAAGCUGCGGCUCUGGGAAAUGGUCCAGUAUGACCUGAUUGUGUUCUUAGAUGGCGAUUCUGUUUUGACAAGAUGUCUCGACGGGCUCCUCACUAUCCCAAAGGACUGGUCUGCAACGCCCUUACAACCUUCCUUCUUCUUCAACGGGGCUGAGAUCCCCCUGCCAGAGAGUUAUAUUGCUGCUGGCUUGCCGCAGCUCAAGCUGAAUCACUCAUCGCAUCCAUCACGCGUCCCUGAAGACUUUUGGGACUGGGACACUUUGAACACUGGCUUUAUGGUCUUACAGCCGUCGCUCAUGAUGUUCCGCUACUUCGAAGCUCUCCUGGCUGCUGAAGGCAGCUUUGACACCAGCAUCGCCGACCAGAGUGUUUUGAACUAUGCCUUUUCUCGGGCAGGUCCUACCCCGUGGACUACGAUGAACUUCUCGUGGAAUAUCCAAUGGCCGUGGCCGGAGGAUAUCAAGUCAGGUUAUGCCGUUCUGCAUGAAAAGUGGUGGGCUCCUGUGCAUUGGGAGUCUAGAGACUAUUUGCUUUCUUGGUACUGGCGAAUGGUUGGAUAUUCUUCGGCUUCAAACUAA